UUGUAUCCUCUUUUUGAUCUUGGUUUGGAUGAUAAAGCUUUAAGGAUUGGUCACUGGAAUGUUAAUCGCUUAACUUCAACUAAGUUUGAAAAGAUCAAGCUUUUCCUUUCCGGAGAGUCUGGUAGACCUCAAGUUGACAUGCUUUUCUUAAACGAAAUAUUCUUAAAGCCUGAUAUUCCCGACUCAUUAUAUGCCGUUCCCGGAUUUACAAUUUAUCGCUGUGACAGAAUAUCGAAAUGUGAUGGCGGUGUAUUGGCCUUUGUCAAUCAAGAUCUGCGUGUGAAACGUAGAGCUGACUUGGAGAAUGCUCACUUAGAGAUUAUUUGGCUGGCGGUUUUCCCUUUCAAGUCAAAAAGGUCUCUGUCUAUUUCAGGAAUUUACCGUCCGCCUUUCGUACUCUUCGGCUGA